UCUCUUAUGGUGUGGUUCGCAAAUUUGGCAAAGUCUAAAUUUGAAUACCUUACCUCUCUGUACCUAUCCAGGUCCCAUUUCUAUCCCCUUAGUAGUCUUCUUAAGAUCUUUAACCCGGAGGCGAGCUCCUCCUGCCUUGUCUCACAUACCUGUUGAAUGUAUGCUGUGGCUUUCCAUUCAUAUAUUGUGCUGCUUUGUCCUUUGUUCCACGUCGCCUGAUCUCUAGAGAACCGUUUUUUUUCUCAUCCCACUCUCUUCCCCGGUCUUAACACGAAGACGGAUCUGCAGAGUCUCUUUAUCUCGCGCAUCGCUUGUAUUACCCCUGAAAGGCCGAGCUUCCCCGCCCCCUCGCACCUCUUUGCUCGCAUCAACGAUCUUUUGCGCAGCCUAACCUCUUUGCGACGCACAAUUGUUCGAGUCCUUUUUACCUAUCCUUUCCUAGGUGGCCAUUUCUGAGAGGGAAAAAAGAAGCUCAUUGAGCCCAACGACCCCAAACUGCAAUAAACGAGGCAACCACAGCAAUCAUGUCGGAUCUCCAGGGCCGCAAGAUAUUCAAGGUGUUCAACCAGGACUUUAUCGUGGACGAACGUUACACUGUCACCAAGGAACUCGGUCAGGGAGCCUACGGUAUCGUGUGCGCCGCCGUUAAUAACCAGACGUCCGAGGGUGUUGCCAUCAAGAAGGUCACCAAUGUUUUCAGCAAGAAAAUCCUAGCCAAGCGCGCCUUGCGCGAGAUCAAGCUUCUGCAGCAUUUCCGAGGCCACCGUAACAUUACAUGUCUCUAUGACAUGGACAUACCCCGCCCAGAUAACUUCAACGAGACCUAUCUCUAUGAAGAGCUGAUGGAGUGUGAUCUGGCUGCCAUUAUCCGAUCAGGCCAGCCCUUGACCGAUGCGCACUUCCAGUCUUUCAUCUACCAGAUUCUCUGCGGCCUGAAGUACAUACACUCAGCCAAUGUGCUGCACCGUGAUUUGAAACCCGGAAACUUGCUCGUCAACGCCGAUUGCGAGCUGAAGAUUUGCGACUUUGGUCUUGCGCGUGGUUUCUCGGUGGACCCUGAGGAGAACGCUGGUUACAUGACUGAAUAUGUGGCUACCAGGUGGUACCGUGCACCUGAGAUUAUGUUGAGCUUCCAAAGCUACACGAAAGCGAUUGAUGUAUGGUCGGUUGGAUGCAUUUUGGCAGAGCUGCUGGGAGGCAGGCCCUUCUUCAAGGGUCGCGAUUACGUCGACCAGCUCAACCAGAUCCUUCAUAUACUCGGCACACCGAACGAGGAGACCCUUUCGCGAAUUGGUUCCCCGAGGGCCCAGGAGUACGUCCGGAACCUGCCGUUCAUGGCCAAGAAGCCUUUCCCAACACUCUUCCCGAACGCCAACCCCGAUGCGCUGGACCUUCUCGAUCGCAUGCUGGCGUUCGACCCCUCAUCCCGUAUCUCGGUUGAGCAGGCUCUCGAGCACCCGUAUCUCCACAUCUGGCACGAUGCCUCUGACGAACCCGACUGCCCGACCACCUUCAACUUCGACUUUGAGGUCGUCGAGGACGUUGGUGAGAUGCGCAAGAUGAUCCUGGACGAGGUCUACCGUUUCCGUCAGCUUGUGCGCACCGCCCCUGGUGCUGGUGGCCACGGUGCACCCCACGCUCCCCAGGUGCCGAUCCCUGCAGGUGCCGGUCAAGGUCAAUGGAAGGCCGAGGACCCGCGCCCGCAAGAGUACGUCGGUCAGAUGAAUGACCUAGAGGCUGAGCUUGCUGGCGGUUUGGAUCAGAGGAGGUGAGCAGGUUUUUGUUUUGGAGAGGGCAUGAGAUACUGCUGCUGGGCAGAGAUGACCUCUUUUUUUUAUCUCUUUUAUAUAUUUUUUUCAUUUAUCCAAGGAGACGGUGGCAAACUGGUAGCCUAUCUAUUUAUUUAGCCUGCUUUGGUCUACAAGACUUGUUUGAUUUGAGUUCAGCAGCGAAACAAAUUCCUGGUUAGGUGCUCUAAGGAGUCAGAGUCGUUUCCUUUUUUUUUGAAUGUUUCUCUCACUUAUUGAACUGGAUGGGUUUCAAAGUACACGCAAAAGAUGAGAUUAUAGCCACAAUGGAGCAAAAACAGGUCUGACCAGGGUAUUUCUCUUUUUACCAAGUAGUUAAAUGGGAGGACAUUGAGUAGGGUAGGAUGUCGAGUUCAAUCUCGAGGUCGAGAUGAGGCCAAACAGCACUUAUCAGGUGCCGUGAUGUUUUUCCUGGUGCGAACCAUGUUGGGAUAGGACUGCUGGAAACAAAUGCGUUGCUUUAUCGAAGAAAAUAUAAAGAAAAAGGAUUAUCCUAGGGAGAGAUACGCGCCUUAACACUUACUCUAGUCUAGAACUAGUUCUAGUUGGUGACUGCUCCUCUUUGACAGGCUCAUUGCGCACUGGUCGUGACCAAACACAAACAUAUGCAC